AUGCAGUACAGACUGGCAACAGAACCUCCACUGAGUCAUAAGUUUGAAUCAGCUGUGAACUCCCUUCCUUCUGAUUCCCAAAAAGCAGAGCAAUUAUAUCACAGUCUGGUCGACACAUACGGUACACAUUACAUCACACAGGUCUCUCUGGGAGGAGAAAUAAAAACAAUCACUUCAAUCAAGACCUGCCAGGCAUCUAUGAAUGGACUGUCAGCAACAGAGGUCAGUGACUGUUUGUCAGUCGAGGCCUCUGCUAGCUUUGCAAGUACUGCCAGCAUUAAGGCCAUGUAUGAACACUGUCAGGCAAAGAAGAAGAAGUUAGGCUCCAACCAAAGUUUCAGCAGUGCAUUUAAUGAGCGUAGCACAGAGGUAAUUGGUGGUAAUAUCAACAACGCUGAUAUCCUCUUUGAAGGGCAAUCAGACCCCUCCGUCUAUAACAUCUGGCUUGACUCACUGAAAAACAUACCCGAUGUGGUCCGAUACGACAUAAAGCCCCUGCACACCAUACUGCCAAGUGGUCACCCUGCCAGCGCCGGACUGAAGCAAGAGGUGGAGAAGUACAUCAAGAAAAAUGCAGUGUUGACAAAAUGCUCAGAAAGCUGUAAGAUUGGACACAGAUCCAACAGAAGGGAUCCUUGUGCUUGUGUUUGCAACAGUAAUCAGAACAUCAAGUCCAACUGCUGUCCUGCUGGGAAAGGUCUUGCAACGUUAAAGGUCUACAAGCUGUAUGCAGAGGGUCUGUAUGGUGAUAAGUGGACUCAGACAGAUGGCUCAGUUGAGGUGACAUAUGGUGAUCAGAAUAAGCGCACUGCCAUUAUAUCAGACAAUGACAAUCCUAGUUGGCCGGAGACAUUUGAAUUUGGAUCCAUAACCAUCAACAUGAAAAACAGACUUACGUUCAGGGUUUAUGAUGAGGAUUCUUACUGGAACAGUGAUCUACUUGGCCAGUGUUCAUUUGCUCUGCGUAGUGGGAAGGUGACAGACAGUUGCAUGUUUGAUUACGGUACCUUUUUCUUCUCCUACAUAGUGGAGUGCGCACCGAGUCUUGGUGGUAACCAGUGUCAGGAAUACAUACCAACCCCCAUGAGUCCCUCUUUGGCCAAAGUCUUCCACACCAGAAAUGGGGUCCUUCUUGGAGAGUAUGAGCAAUCAAUCAGUCAGUCAGGUUCACUCCAGCUAGAAUAAGGAUAUGAUUUCAUGAUAAUCUUGCUUGUAGUUAUUGCCAUCUUUCACACUGUUACUGUCAUCUUUCUUUUUUGACUUGUUCUCAAUUUCUCAAAAUGUGUUUGUAAGAAAUUCACCCCUUUUUCUGCUUCUAUCUUGUUAGUUACAAAAUCAGCCAAUAAAGCAUCAACAAAGACAA